AUGCAGCCUAUUAUCAAGCCUUGGCCUGCUUGCGGCUGGGCACUGGACUUGAUUGGGAUGAUCCAUCCCCAUUCUUCUCUUCAACACAAGUUUAUCAUCGUCGCCACUGAUUACUUCACCAAAUGGGUCGAAGCAGAGCCUUUGAAAGAGGCUUCCGGUGCCACCAUUCGCCAAUUUAUUUUCCGUAACAUUCUUUGCAGGUUUGGUAUCCCCGAGGUGCUGGUUUCGGACCGGGGGGUAGCGUUCAUGGGAGGCCUUGUCGAGGAGCUUGUCAAUGAUUUUGGCAUCCAAUUCAUCCACAACAUUCCGUAUUACGCUCAAUCUAAUGGUCAAGCGGAGGCUAGCAACAAGACAAUCAUUACCUUACUGAAGAAGAUGCUGGUAGAGAACCCUCGACAAUGGCACGAUACUUUGUAUGAGACACUUUGGGCCUAUCGCACUUCUAAAUGGAAUCCCAACGCGACAACGCCAUACGCACUCAUGUUUGGUCAUGAUGAUGUCUUACCGUUAGAAAUUAAUGUUCAUUCCCUAUGCGUCCAAGAGCAGUACCAUCUGAUCGGUGAAGAUUACAUUCAGGCAAUGUGGCAGGAACACGAAGAUUUAAGCGAGCAGCGCUUGGCCGCUUUGGACAAUUUGGUGAUGGAAAAACAGUGUAUCGCUCGUGCCUAUGAUAAGAGGACGCGUGGUCGUAGUUACAAGGAAGGCGACCUCGUUUGGAAGGCUAUUUUACCCCUUGGCGAAAAGUUAACAGGUCGUGGUAAAUGGACGCCGCGAUGGGAAGGACCCUUUGUUGUCCACCGGAUCUUGGAGCGCGGGGCUUUUCACCUCCGAGACAUCGAUGGAGACAUCCAUCGCAACCCCAUUAACGACCGUUUCUUGAAGAAAUAUUACCCUAGUGUUUAG